AUGUCCUCAGAACAUACUACCUUCGAUUUACCUAUUGCAGUAGCAGCUGUGGAUACUCCUCGACCUGACCCUUUGGACUUGGACGCAUUACGUUCACCGCAGGUCAGCCAAUCAUUCAAUGACCGAUCGUUGGCCCGAGAAUCCGUAGCGGUCACCGAAUUCAACGAUAUUGCUCUCGACGACGACUCUUUCUCUCCGAUUGCUUUGACUGCACUUCCUAGUAACCAAGAGACGCCAGACUCUCAGCCUGAAAAUGAGACUUCCAGUCGCCCUAACAGCACUUCAUUGCCAAAUAUUUCAACCCUUCAAUUUUCUCCUCCAAAAUCUCAUAGAAAGACGGCUUCUACAACUACAAUCCGUUCUGGUCAUGAGCCAACAGCAUCGGUAUUCAUGAAUCGUCUAGACUUGCAAGAGAAUGGGGGUAAAGCACGGGGCAGCAUUGACGGUCAAGUCAAACUACAGGAGGAAUUCGCAAGAUUACAGGAGAGAGAAACAGAGGUGAAUACUGCCAAGGAGGGUGCAAUUGAUUGGGAUUUCUGGGGAGCAGUAAUAUCUGACUACGGCGGCUUUGCUUCUGAGCGUCCCGAAGAACUGGCUCAAGCUAUUCAACGAGGCAUCCCUCCAACCCUUCGAGGAAUGAUGUGGCAACACAUGGCGGCCUCGAAAGAUCCCGAACUUGAAACAACGUACUUAAAUCUACUCAAGGAACCGAGCAAACACGAGAAAGCCAUCAAAAACGAUCUGGGAAGGACUCUUCCUCAUCACGCUGUCUUUACCGAUGGGCAGGGAAUUGGCCAGGAAAAUUUAUACAAUGUCUUGAAGGCAUAUUCUUUAUAUGAUCCCCUGGUGGGUUAUUGUCAAGGCUUGCCAUUUAUUGUGGCCAUUCUCCUCUUGAAUAUGCCAGAUGAAGAGGCGUUUUCUCUUCUAGUCAGAUUAAUGUCCGUAUAUGAUCUUCAAGGACAUUUUUUGCCAGAGAUGCCAAAACUUCACAUGCGCCUGUUCCAAUUCGACCGUCUGGUUGAGGAUAUGUUACCCGUUCUUCACGUUCAUUUCUUGCGUCAAGGCAUUAAAUCUACAAUGUACUGUUCCCAAUGGUUUUUAACCUUAUUCAGUUAUCGAUUCCCUCUUGAUAUUGUAUUCCGAAUAUACGACAAUUGCCUUGCCAAUGGCAUUGAAGCUAUAUUUGGUUUUAGUAUUAUCUUGCUGAAAAAGAAUGAAGACACUCUUCUCUCCCUCAAAUUUGAUGAAAUACUGGCAUUUUUAAAUACAAAACUAUUGGACUGUUAUCUGAUCGAAGGCGAAUCUGGGCUUGCUGACGACUCAGCCAAAUACAGAGUAGAUGAUUUUGUGACGGAUGCGGUAUCCUUGCGCAUAACACCAUUUAUGCUUGAUUGCUACAGACAUGAAUACGAAGACAACUUGCGUGAGAUAAAUAAACAUGCCAUUCAAAUAGAUGAACUUCGAAGUACCAAUCGAAGUUUAUUGACUCAAGUCAAAGCUUUGGAGAAUAGUUUGGCUCAGUUGAAUGUUGAACAUGUCGAAGUUUUGAAUGAACUUGUAAAACAGCGUUUAAAGAACGAGGAGAUGGAAGAAGAGCUCGUACGUUACAAAUUGCUUUAUGCAGAAGCCAUGGACCAGCAAGAAGGAGCCAAUACCUCGAAUCGAAUAUCGCUAGCGCAGAUGAUGCAAAGCUUGAAGAGAGGGAGCACAGGCAAGGGCGUCCUCUUGUUCUCAGGUCACUUUCUCUCUCCCGCCAUGUUCGUCCUUGAACUCGUUGUCCCCAUCGGUCUCGGGUUCUCCUUUCUUUGGCAGCCCGUCCUAGCCUAUAUUCCAGCAUCUCCCACAAAUUCGACCCAUGAUGCCAUUGCAGGCGGACUAAACAUAACAGAUAUAUCAAGUCUUCGCAUUCAGUGGUACUCAAAUGGGUCAGUUACACUGUCUUAUUUCGAGCACGUCUCCUACCAAUUAGCGGGAAAUGAUAGCAAAGGGAUUAGUAAAGGUGCUCUAGUCCAUUUUUCUGAGGAAAUGGCGGACACCUUUACAGCUCCAACCUUAACUCCUUGGAUAGCUCUGGUAUCUUGUGACAAGAAUGCCACCAAUGCUUCCAUGGAAGUGGAUAUCUUUACUUUGGCUCGAGAUAAAGGUGCUGUUUCGGCGCUCUUGUUCUCGCUGUACUCAACGGCAUGUGUUAUCAAUCGUGAAUACUCUGAUCCAGCUACUUUUGAUCAAGUGUUCGACAUAUUCUCAACCCAAAGCUCCACAAGUUCCCAUCUCAUAGAAUAUCAAUUCGGUCAACUGAGCGCAAAUAAAAGUCUUCGUAACUAUAACUCUGCAAUGCUGAAUAACUCUGCGAACGAUAUUCAACGAUCCAUCAAUGAGGGUGUCCCAGUUUCUCCUGGAUAUCUGUUGACCGUCCUCCAGGCGUACAACGCCAUAGACAAUACCUCUGGCCCUGGAAAUCCCACUAGUGAUGCUACAAGCGCAGGUACGGGUAACAACCCUCCUAAUACUGCCCUUGCCAUGAUUAUUCUUUAUGCCAUCACUGGUUGCGUGUCAGCGUUGUUCUGCAUUGUCAUUAUAUCCGGUGCAAUUCGGGCAAUCCGACAUCCUGAGCGGUAUGGCCCUCGUGCUCGUAUGGGGGGUGAUGGAGGACCGCCUCAAAGCCGUGCAAGAGGGUUGACUCGUGCCAUUCUUGAUACCUUUCCGAUUGUGAAAUUUGGUAGCAAUCAAGCUGGACCAUCACAAUCACCUUCCUCCCCAAGAUAUCCGCUCGACAAAGAUUCAGAGGUUCAGAGUUCAAGCUACAACAUUGAAAUGGGUGCAAUUCCGACCGGUAGUGGAGCCAACACGCUUGCUGAUGCCGGCCUAAACCUUGCAGAGUCCUCAAGCUGCUCAGCUCCAGGUAGUCGACAAACGGAUCAGGAACAGGAGUUGCAAGAUCACAAUUCAUCGGGGUCACGAGAUAUACCCAACAGUCAUUCACUAUCAGCCCUACAAAAUGCUAGUGAUAACCUAGCUAGCAGACAGCGACCCUUUGUUGGCCUUGGAGAAGGAACGUCACGAGAUAUCCCCCCAGAAUCUUCCUUACCAGCGCAAGAUGACGUUGUGCCAGCAUCAAUCGGGCGCGAAACUUGCCCGAUUUGCAUUGUAGACUUCGAAGAGGGAGAUGAUAUUCGUGUUCUGCCGUGCGAAGGCAAACAUUGCUUCCAUCAAAAUUGUGUUGACCCCUGGCUUCUCAAACUUUCUAGUUCUUGCCCUAUCUGUCGUCACGAUUUCCUUGCUCUGGAACAUAUGAUCGCUGGUCAUGAAGAUGAUGAGCAUGACUUUGAACAGGGAGAAAUAGAUGAACAAGUCCCCCAUGCCCGUGGGAAUGGCAACAGAGGACGAUUCUCUCGUUACCUGCGAUUUGCUCAUAGGAGGCAGAGAAGAAGGCGCGGUGAUGAAGCUGAUCCCACCGAUCCAUACAUGCCUACCGCCCCCAGCACUUCUAUGUAUUCUGGAAUGUAA